GGGGGAAUAGCGAGAGGCUGGGCUGGUGGUGAUGGUGGUGAUGCAGGGUGCGCGUGUGGGUCACUCUCGGCGCGCCCGUCUAUGGGGGGGGCUGCCGGUUUAAAAUAGCAUAUAAAUAAAUAAGUGCGACAACAUUAAAACAAGGCAGAGAGACGCCGUGCAGGUUCACACACAACACCACACGCAAGGCAGACGCGGGGCACCACCACCACCACACGCCCACAGAGAACGUCGACAACGCGCGUGGUGGGGGGGGGUACACGCAGGCUCGGCUGGGGAGGAUGAGCGGAUGACACGGAGCAGAAGGUGCUCACAUCGUCAACGUCGUCGUCUUCAUCGUCAUCCGUGGCAAGGAGCGAAACUUCAGUUCGUUGCUGCGCGUCUGUCGAGGGAGUCGGAGCACUUUAUAAGUAGCGCUGUUGUUUAGAGAUCGUCGUGGUUUAGGAGUUCGCGAUUCAUAUCGAGCGAGAGAGAGAUCAGCUGCGGGGAUCACCAUCACCGCCGCCACAUCACCACCAUCAUCAUCACCAUCAUCAUCACCACCACCGAGCCACCGCCUGGCCGGGAGCUGGCCACGCACGGCCGCUCGUCCUCAAGGGGCCCGUCCACGAUGAACGAUGUGAAAGUCGUCGUGCUCGGCAGCGACAACGUCGGCAAGUCCGCCCUCAUCGUGAGAUAUCUUACCAAGCGCUUCAUUGGGGAAUACGCGUCCAAUUCAGACUCCCUGUACAGGAAACGCCUGUCUGUGGAUGGGCGGCAGAUGAACCUGGAGAUUUUUGACCCGUGCUCGCAGCUGCGAGAAGGCCGCACGGGCCUGGGCGACCAGGUGCAGUGGGCGGACGGCUUCCUGAUCGUGUACGACAUCAGCGACAAGGCCUCCUUCCUGGCCGCCCAGUCCCUGGUUUACCGCAUCAAGGAGUCCCACCAGGAGCUGUACAAGAGCGACGCGCACCCGAUGCUCUGCCUUGUGGGCAACAAGCAAGACCUGUGCCACGCUCGUGAGGUCGAGGAGGAGGAGGCGCGCCUCUUCGCGCUCGAGUGCCGCGCACAGUUCUGCGAGCUGUCGGCCGCCGAGCAGAGCACCGAGGUGUCGGCGAUGUUCGCGCGGCUGCUGCGCGCCACGCUGGAGUACUCGCGCGACCGCCGGAGGCACAGUGGCUCCAAGUCCAUGGCCAAGCUCAUCAACAACGUGUUCGGCAAGCGCCGCCAGUCCGUGUAGCGCCCGGCGCGUGCCUGCGACCCGCCCGUGCCCGCUCGCUGGACGCGUCUGUGGACUCUUGAGCGCCGACGAUGUAUGGUGUGCAAUGCUGUGGUCGUUUUUUUUUUACUUGAUUGAAAGUUCGGAGGCUUUCGUUAAAAGUCGCAAAGUAGUUGAAGGAUGUGGUGCUGCGGAUAGGGUUGCCAUCCAUCCUGGCUGUUUCCAAGGAUCCUCCUAUUUUUCAGUUAGCUAUUCUGGGACGGUAAAAGUCCACGUUUUUUGUCACUUGCACAAUAACACACCAAUCAAAAUAAUGGAUUUCCAUAAUUGUGAGAUAUUCUUCUUCACGUGACAUGUCCGGGAUUUUUGUAGCCCAGAGGUGGCCAGUGUAAAGUGCUGAUGUAGAGGCUUUGGGAUUGUGGAUUACUCUGAGGAAGAGUUUGGUGGUGUGUUGGGAGGUGGGUUGGUGGGAGGUGGAUCAGGAUCGGAAUCAGAAUCAUUUGUACUGGAAUAAUCCGAAGAGCUAUAAAGCUCUCUUUCACAGAUCUCCAGCAGGAUUGUUGGGUGGUGGAGAGGGGAAUGGUGCUACGCAGGGGCGGAGCCAGGAUUUUCAACCCGGGGUGAUAUUCAACA